CAAGAUCCGGUUCGGUUUAUGUUUUAAUUUUAAUUUAAACCGAAACCUUCGCGAUGGGGAUCUCUUCCUCCGUACCUUCCUACUCCGCCUCUUUAUCUAACGCCGCCACCACGGCCUCUCCUCCUCCUCCUCCGUCGCCGCCGUCUCGCGUCAAUGAGAAAUCUAACGGACCUGAUAGGCCUCGAUUCUUCGAUGGAAAGGCGAAGAACAAGUGCUGGUCAAACGCUGACGUCGUCCCCGGUCGACAUCCCGAGAGGUGGCGUAAAGACGCCGCCGGAAACGUCGUCUGCAAAAGAUUCGGAAACUGCGGCGGUUGUCUCUGUUUCGAGUACGAUCACAUUGUUCCUUACUCCAAAGGUGGAGAGUCCACGGCGGAGAAUUGUCAGAUUCUUCAAACUAGAGUGAACAGAUUCAAAGCAGCUCAGGAGAAUGUGGAUGCUGAGACACUUAAGGGUUAUUCAUGUGGCCUGCAGUUCACAGACAAGGAGCUUGAUGUUAUUGAAAUGGCGGUUUACGGAGACGUGUUACGACCUGGAAAAGAAUGUCGCUGCAAAACUGUAGCCGAGCUGCUUGGUCAGUACAAGGCCAAAGAUGGUAAAGCCGCGUGCGAGUUACCGUCAUAAUAAUAAAGUAAUCAACCAUCUCUUUCUAAAGCAUUGAUUCACCUCAUAUGCUCAUCUAAAAUCUUUUACUCAAUUUGGUAACCAUCUGUUUGCGAGAGUAGUGAUGAUGAUUCUAUCCCUUGUAUUUUGUUGUAAGAUUGGAAAUAAUAAUGUUCAGAUUAUACUACUACAUACCUUUAAGACUUUAAGUCAACAAAGAUUGUGGACCACCUACAAUAGGUCGUAUGAUUGGUCAUGGAGACUCUUGAAAUAUCUAGAAAACUGGAAAGGUGCGCAAUUAUGUGAGCUAUUUAAAGCAGUAAGAUGGAUUCGUCAAUUGAUCCCAACGGUUAUGAUCGCCUCUCAAAGAUUAGCCAGCUCCAUCUUAUAAAAGUAACUGAAGCAGAUUUUAACAAGACAGAAGUGUCUACUUGGGGCAGCCACUACUCUUCUCCAUCUCGACGUUGAUAUGGAUCGAGGUGUUAGUGAUCGGCUACAUCGAGCUUGACUCUGAGAAGCGUUUGUACCCUGGUUGGCAAGUUCUUCGACCCGCUUUCUCCAUUAUCAUGUUAUCGUAUAAUGUAACUUCUUCAAGUAUAAACAGAGCUGCUAUGAGACUGAAUCGCGUUUGCCUUUUAAAAUUGGUUUUAGGCUUUUGUUACUUUGGUCUUUUUAACCUGCUUGGCUCAUGACACAAUUGGUUGUCAUCCUCAUAAUUUUGUGCUUUUGCUUUUGAAAUUCAGCUGUAUCUGCACAAGCAAAUAAUGACAGAGUACACAAACCCGCUUAGAAAGAACAUCUCUGAGGCUCACUAUGGCCUAGCUUCAUUGAGAACAUGUAUUCAAACUUGUCUAAAGAUAUAACAAAAUUUCCAUCAUUUUGUGCCUAGGCCGUUUAUUUGUUUUAUUGAUGAUAACACUAUUUUCAUUCUGUUAUCUGUGAUUGAGAGUGGAAAAGCUGAGCUUUGCGUUUGCAUUUGCUCUGCAACGAGUGUAUAAUUUCUAUUCAGCUAUUCUUUCUGUUGUC